GUGUUUAUUGUUAUUUCAGACGAAAACCUUGUGUGACUGAGCUCAAGAGCAGUGCAUCCAGAUUCUCCUCAGAAGUGAGACUUUCCAAAGGACCAAUGACUCUGUUUCCUGUGCCCUUUCAUUUUUUCCUACUCUAUAACUAUGUCUCGAUCCCGCCAUGCAAGGCCUUCCAGAUUAGUCAGGAAGGAAGCUGUAAACAAAAAAAAGAAAAACAGUCAACUGCGAAAGACAACCAAGGCAGCCAACAAAACUGUGGCAUCGGUCAAGACUUUCAGCCCUGGAAAAUUGAAACAAUUAAUUCAAGAAAGAGAUGUUAAGAGAAAAACAGAACCUAAACCACCCAUGCCAGUCAGAAGCCUUCUGACAAGAGCUGGAGCAGCACGCAUGAGUUUGGAUAGGACUGAGGUUCUUUUUCAGAACCCAGAGUCCUUAACUUGCAAUGGGUUUACAAUGGCGCUACGAAGCACCUCUCUUAGCAGGCGACUCUCCCAGCCCCCACUGGUCAUAGCCAAAUCCAAAAAGGUUCCACUUUCUAAAGGUUUAGAAAACCAACAUGACUGUAAUUAUAAGAUACUCCCUGAUUUGGGAGCAAAGCACUCAGAAAAUGAUUUGGUUCCAGUGAAAGACACCCAAGUCCUUCCUGAUAUGGAGACUCUAAUUGAUGUACAAAAUUCCUGUUUAAUUAAAGGUAAGAGCCAAGAGACAACUCAGUCUUGGUCCCAAAGAGUUGAGGAUUCCAAAAUCAAUAUCCCUACCCACAGUGGCCCUGAAGCUGAGAUCCUUCCUGGGCCACUGGAAGGGACACGCUAUGGUGAAGGACUAUUCUCUGAAGAGACAUUGAAUGAUACCAGUGGUUCCCCAAAUAUGCUUGCUCAGGACACAGUGUGUGCUCCUUUGCUCCAAAGAGCAACGCCCAAAGUUACCUCUCAAGGAAACCCCAGCAUUCAGUUAGAAGAGUUGGGUUCAAGAGUGGAAUCUCUUAAGUUAUCUGAUCCUUACCUGGAUCCCAUUAAAAGUGAAGAUGAUCGCUACCCCACCUCCAGUAUUGAUAAGGUUAUACCUGAAUUGAACCUUAGAAACUGCUUGGCUCUUGGUGGGUCUACGUCUUCUACCUCUGUGAUAAAAUUCCUCUUGUCAGGCUCAAAACAAGCAACCCUUGGUGCUAAACCACCUCAUCAAGAUUUCAAAGCUACUUCAAAUGAACAGGAAGUUUCCGAUACCACCUCUGUUCUAGGACAGGCCUUUGGUGCUAUCCCACACCAAUGGGAACAUCCUGGGGCUGACCCAGUUCAUAUUGAGGCCCUGGGUGAGACCCCAAAUCCACCCGAGAUUCCUGGUGCUAUUCCAGCCCAAGGAGAGGUCUUUGGUACUAUUUUAGACCAACAAGAAACUCUUGAUAUGAAUGAGGGUGUUGUCCCAGACUUGCCUGUUUUCCUUCCUGUUCCUCCAAAUCCAAUUGCUACCUUUAGUGCUCCUUCCAAAUGGCCUGAGCCCCAAAGCACUGUCUCAUAUGGACUUGAAGUCCAGGGUGCUAUACAGAUUUUGCCUUUGGGCUCAGGACACACUCCUCAAUCAUCAUCAAACUCAGAGAAAAAUUCAUUACCUCCAGUAAUGGGUAUCAGUAAUGUUGAAAAUGAGAAACAGGUUCAUAUAAGCUUCUUGCCAGCUAACACUCAGGGGUUCCCAUUAGUCCAUGAGAGAGGACUCUUCCACGCUUCACUGGGUGUUGCCCAACUCUCCCAGGCUGGUCCCAGCAAUUCAGACAGCGGGAACUCCCAGGUCAGUGUAACCAGCACAAUUCAUGUUGUGAACACUGCAGUGGUGACUAUGCCAGUGCCAAUGGUCAGUACCUCCAAUUCUUCCUAUACCACUUUGCUGCCCACUUUGGAAAAGAAGAAAAGAAAGCGAUGUGGGGUCUGUGAACCCUGCCAGCAGAAGGCCAAUUGUGGUGAAUGUACUUACUGCAAGAACAGAAAGAACAGCCAUCAGAUCUGUAAGAAAAGAAAAUGUGAGGAGCUGAAGAAGAAACCAUCUGUCAUUGUGCCUCUGGAGGUUAUAAAGGAAAACAAGAGGCCCCAGAGGGAAAAGAAGCCCAAAAUUUUAAAGGCAGAUUUUGUUAACAAACCAGUAAAUGGCCCCAAGUCAGAAUCCAUGGACUACAGUAAAUAUGGUCAUGGGGAAGAACAAAAAUCGGAAUUGAACCCACAUCCUGUUGAAAAUGUAACUAAAAAUGAAGAAAACAUGACAGGCAUCGAGGUGGAGAAGUGGACACAAAACAAGAAAUCACAUUUAACUGAUCACGUCAAAGAUUUUAGUGCCAAUGUCCCAGAACCUGAAAAAUCGAACAACUCUGAAGUUGACAAGAAACGAACCAAACCUCCAAAAUUGUUUGUACAAACCAUAAGAAAUGGCAUUAAACAUGUGCACUAUUUACCCACUGAACCAAAUGUGUCAUUUAAAAAAUUCAAUAUUGAAGCAUUCAGCAAGAAAUUGGAAAACAAUUCAUGUAAAUUCCUAAAAGACACUGCAAACCAUAACAACGCUAUGAGCUCCGUUGCUACUGAUAUGAGUUGUGAUCAUCUCAAGGGGAGAAGUAAUGUUUUAGUAUUCCAGCAGCCUGGCUUUAACUGCAAUUCCAUUCCACAUUCUUCACACUCCAACAUAAAUCAUCAUGCCAGCAUACACAAUGAAGGUGAUCAACCAAAAACUCCUGAGAAUAUACAAAGUAAAGAACCAAAAGAUGGAUCUCCAGUUCAACCAUGUCUCUUGUCAUUAAUGAAAGAUAGGAGAUUAACAUUGGAGCAAGUGGUAGCCAUAGAGGCCCUGACUCAACUCUCAGAAGCCCCAUCGGAGAAUUCCUCCCCAUCAAAGUCAGAGAAAGAGGAAGAAUCAGAGCAGAGAACAGCCAGUUUGCUUAAUAGCUGCAAAGCUAUUCUCUACUCUGUAAGAAAAGACCUUCAAGACCCAAACUUACAAGGAGAGUCACCAAAUCUUCAUCACUGUACAUCUUUGGGAAAACAAAGUUCGCCCAGCACGGUGGUUUUCAAUGGGCAAACUACUACACUUUCCAGCUCACAUAUCAGUUCAGCUACUAACCUAGCAUCCACAAAGUCACAUGAAUAUUCAAAAGUCACAAAUUCAUUAUCUCUUUUUGUACCAAAAUCAAAUUCCUCCAAGACUGACACCAAUAAAAGUGUUACUCAAGGGAUAAUUGCUCUUGACAAUUGUUCCAAUAAUAUGCCUCAGUUGCCACCAAGAAAUAAUGAAGUGGGGUAUUGUAACCAGUUACUGGACAGCAGCAAAAAUUUGAACUCAGAUGAUCUAUUAUGUCAGGAUGCAGCCCAUACCCAAAUUGAGGAAGACGUUGCAACACAGUUGACACAACUGGCUUCAAUAAUUAAGUUCAAUUAUGUAAAACCAGAGGACAAAAAAGUUGAAAGUACACCCACAAGCCUUGUUGCAUGCAGUAUACAGCAAAAAUACAAUCAAGAGAAAGGCACAAUACAACAGAAACCACCUUCAAGUGUACAAAAUAAUCAUGGUGCAUCAUUAACAAAGCAAAAGAACACAACCCAGAAAAAGACAAAAUCCACCCCAUCAAGAGAUCGGCGGAAAAAGAAGCCUACAGUUGUAGGUUAUCAAGAAAAUGAUCCGCAGCAGUGGGAAACAUUGUCCUAUGCGUAUGGCACAGUAUGUGACAUUUGGAUUGCAUCGAAAUUUCAAAAAUUUGGGCAAUUUUGUUCACAUGAUUUUCCUACUGUAUUUGGGGAAAUUUCUUCCGCAGCCAAAAUAUGGAAACCACUGGCUCAGACAAGGUCCAUUAUACAACCCAAAACAAUAUUUCCUCCACUCACUCAGAUAAAAUUACAGAGGUAUCCUGAAGCAGUAGAGGAAAAGAUGAAGGUUGAACCAUUGGAUUCACUCAGCUUAUUUCAUCUUAAAACGGAAUCCAACGGGAAGGCAUUCACUGAUAAAGCUUAUAUCUCUCAGGUACAGUUAACAGCGAAUGCCAAUCAGAAAGCCCAUCCUUUGACCCAGCCCUCCUCUCCACCUAACCAGUGUGCUGACGUGACGGCUGGCGAUGACCAAAUACAAUUUCAACAGGUUGUUAAGGAGCAACUCAUGCAUCAGAGACUGCUAACAUUGCCUGGUAUCUCUCAUGAAACACCCUUACCGGAGUCAGCACUAACUCUCAGGAAUGUAAAUGUGGUGUGUUCAGGUGGAAUGACAGUGGUUUCUACCAAAAGUGAAGAGGAAGUCUCUUCAUCCAGUGUUGGAACGUCAGAGUUUUCCACGGUGGACAGUGCACAGAAAAAUUUCAGUGAUUAUGCUAUGAACUUCUUUACUAAUCCUACAAAAAACCUAGUGUCCAUAACUAAAGAUUCUGAACUGCCCACCUGCAACUGCCUUGAUCGUGUAAUACAAAAAGACAAAGGCCCAUAUUAUACACACCUUGGGGCAGGACCCAGUGUUGCUGCUGUCAGGGAAAUCAUGGAGAAUAGGUAUGGUGAAAAAGGAAAUGCAAUAAGGAUAGAAAUAGUAGUGUACACCGGCAAAGAAGGGAAAAGCUCUCAUGGGUGUCCAAUUGCUAAGUGGGUUUUGAGAAGAAGCAGUGAUGAAGAAAAAGUUCUUUGUUUGGUCCGACAGCGUACAGGCCACCACUGUCCAACUGCUGUGAUGGUGGUGCUCAUCAUGGUAUGGGAUGGAAUCCCUCUUCCAAUGGCCGACCGACUAUACACAGAGCUCACUGAGAAUCUAAAGUCGUACAAUGGGCAUCCUACCGACCGAAGAUGCACCCUUAAUGAAAAUCGUACCUGUACCUGUCAAGGAAUUGAUCCAGAGACUUGUGGAGCUUCAUUCUCUUUUGGCUGUUCAUGGAGUAUGUACUUUAAUGGCUGUAAGUUUGGUAGAAGCCCAAGCCCCAGAAGAUUCAGAAUUGAUCCAAGCUCUCCCUUACAUACCUACUAUGAAAGAAUUACUAAAGGACGUAAUCCAGAAAGAAGACAUGUGAAACCGGAACGAAUCUGUCCGGGACACGAGGCCAUGGUGAGCAAAGAAAUUAAAAAGUUAGAAGAAGCCAAGGAAUUAGCCACAAUGAAUGUGCACGACCCAUAUAUCUUUCCCGUUUCAUGUUUUUCUCCCUAUCAGGUUUGUACUUUAACUAGAGAAGAUAACCGGUCUUUGGGUGUUAUUCCUCAAGAUGAGCAGCUCCAUGUCCUACCUCUUUAUAAACUUUCAGACACAGAUGAGUUUGGCUCCAAGGAAGGAAUGGAAGCCAAGAUCAAAUCUGGGGCCAUUGAGGUCCUGGCACCCCGCCGCAAAAAAAGAACUUGUUUCACUCAGCCUGUUCCCCGUUCUGGGAAGAAGAGGGCUGCGAUGAUGACCGAGGUUCUUGCACAUAAGAUAAGGGCAGUGGAGAAGAAACCUAUUCCCCGAAUCAAGCGGAAGAAUAACUCAACAAUAACAAACAACAGUAAGGCUUCAUCACUGCCAACCUUAGGGAGUAAAACUGAGACCAUGCAACCUGAAGUAAAAAGUGAAACCGAUCCCCAUUUUAUCUUAAAAAGUUCAGACAACACUAAAGCCUAUUUGCUGAUGCCAUCUGCUUCUCACCCAGUGAAAGAGGCAUCUCCAGGCUUUUCCUGGUCCCCGAAGACUCCAUCAGUUGCACCAGCUCCAUCGAAGAAUGACGCAACAGGCUCGUGCGUGUUUUCAGAAAGAAGCAGCACUCCCCACUGCACGAUGCCUUUGGGAAGACUCAGCGGUUCCAAUGCAGCUGCUGCAGAAGGCCCUGGCAUUUCACAGCUUGGCGAAGUUGCUCCUCUCUCCACCCUGUCUGCUCCUGUGACAGAACCCCUUAUUAAUUCUGAGCCUCCCACUGGUGUGACUGAGCCGCUAACGUCUCAUCAGCCAAACGAGCAGCCCUCCUUCCUCACCUCUCCCCAAGACCUUGCCUCUUCUCCAAUGGAAGAAGAUGAGCAGCAUUCUGAAGCAGAUGAGCCUCUAUCAGAUGAGCCCUUAUCUGAUGACCCCUUGUCACCUGCUGAGGAGAAAUUGCCCCACAUUGAUGAGUACUGGUCAGACAGUGAGCACAUCUUUUUGGAUGCAAAUAUUGGUGGGGUGGCCAUCGCACCUGCCCACGGCUCGGUUUUGAUUGAGUGUGCCCGGCGAGAGCUGCACGCUACCACUCCUGUUGAGCACCCCAACCGUAAUCAUCCAACCCGCCUCUCCCUUGUCUUUUACCAGCACAAAAACCUAAAUAAGCCCCAACAUGGUUUUGAACUAAACAAGAUUAAGUUUGAGGCAAAAGAAGCUAAGAAUAAGAAAAUGAAGGCCUCAGAGCAAAAAGACCAGGCAGCUAAUGAAGGUCCGGAACUGUCCUCUGAAGCAAACGAAUUAAACCAAAUUCCUUCUCAUAAAGCAUUAACAUUAACUCAUGACAAUGUUGUCACCGUGUCCCCUUAUGCUCUCACACACGUUGCGGGGCCCUAUAACCAUUGGGUCUGAAGGCUUUUCUCCCCCUCUUAAUGCCUUUGCUCGUGCAGUGUAUUUUUUCAAGGUGCUGUUUUAAGAAAGUCAUGUUGUCGUUUACUAUAUCUUCAUCUCACCCAUUUCAAGUCUGAGGUAAAAAAAAAUAAUAAUAAUAAUAACAAACGGGGUGGGUAUUCUUAACUGUGACUAUAUUUUGACAAUUGGUAGAAGGUGCACAUUUUAAGCAAAAAUAAAAGUUUUAUAGUUUUAAAUACAUAAAGAAAUGUUUUGGUUAGGCAUUAACCUUGGUAGAAUCACUCAGUUUGGUGCUUUCAAUUAAGUCAGUUUACUAUGAAACAAGAGUCAUUUUUAGAGGAUUUUAACAGGUUCAUGUUUAUGAUAUAAAAUCAAGACACACAGUGUUAACUCUACACAGCUUCUGGUGCUUAACCACAUCCACACAGUUAAAAAUAAGCUGAAUUAUUAUUUCAUGGUGCCAUUGUUCCAACAUCUUCCAAUCAUUGCUAGAAAAUUGGCAUAUUCUUUUGAAAUAAACUUAUGAAAUGUUUUCUCUCUUAAAAUAUUUCUCCUGUGUAAAAUAAAUCAUUGUUGUUAGUAAUGGUUGGAGGCUGUUCAUAAAUUGUAAAUAGAUAUUUUAAAAGCACUUUCUAUUUUUAAAAGUAACUUGAAAUAAUAUAGUAUAAGAAUCCUAUUGUCUAUUGUUUGUGCAUAUUUGCAUACAAGAGAAAUCAUUUAUCCUUGCUGUGUAGAGUUCCAUCUUGUUAAUUGCAGUAUGUAUUCUAAUCAUGUAUAUGGUUUGUGUUCUUUUACUGUGUCCUUUCACAUUCAAAUGUUAGCAAGUCGCAGUAUAUAAAAUACUUAGAUAAUGAGAAGUUGUUAAUUAUGGAAUUAGGAAGCAUAUCACCAAUAUUGAUUAACAUUUUCUUUGGAACUAGGUAAGAGUGGUCUCUUCUGACUUGUUGAACAACUUCAGUUUAGUUUCAUCGUACCUUUCUCAUUAUAAUCCAUUAGAGGUAUUUCCAAAAGGAGAUGAUGGGACAGGAUAAGUUUCAAAAGAGUCAAAUGCUUCUAAUAUCUCAAGGUGAUAAAAUACAAAAAUUAAGUAGACAGAUAUUUGUACUGAAGUCUAAUAUAGUAUUAGGAAAAGAAAAUCUUGUUGAAAUAUAUUGAAAACCAAUUCCCUACUAUCAUCACAUGCCUUCCCAACCCCAAGUCAAACAAGAGGAAUGGUACUAUAAACAUGGCUUUGUCCAUUAAAAGCUAAUUCAUUUGUUUAUCUUAGCAUAUUAGAUUUGGGAAAAUGAUAACUCGUCUUUUCUGAUAAUUGCCUAUGACCUAGGUAACAGGAAAACAGGCAUUACAUUUAUUUUAGUCUUCCCAUUUUUUUUCCUAUUACUUUGUUGACUCAUUUUAUUGCAAAACAAAAAGGAUUACCCAAACAACAUGUUUAGAACAAGGAGAACUUUCAAUGAAAUACUUGAUUCUGUUAAAAUGCAGAGGUGCUAUAACAUUCAAAGUGUCAGAUUCCUGGGGAGUAUGGAAAACCUAAUGGUGCUUCUCCCUUGGAAAUGCCAUAGGAAGACCACAACCGCUAACACUUACAAUUUUGGUGCAAAAGCAAACAGUUCCAGCAGGCUUUCUAAAGAAAAACUCAUUGUAACUUAUUAAAAUAAUAUAUGGUGCAAAGUAUCUGAUUUGAGCUUUUGACUAAUCCAAGUAAAGGAAUAUGAAGGGAUUGUAAAUAACAAAAAUGUCCAUUGAUAGACCAUCGUGUACAAGUAGAUUUCUGCUUGUUGAAAUGUAAAAUAGGGUAAUUCAUUGACUUGUUUUAGUAUUUUGUGUGCCUUAGAUUUCUGUUUUAAAACAUGUAUAUUUUUGUGAGCCUAAGGUUUCUUAUACAUAUAAGUAUAUAAAUAAGUGAUUGUUUAUUGCUUCAGCUGCUUCAAUGAGAUAUUUACUAGUAUUAUACUAUCAGGAAUACACCCUUGCGAGAUUAUGUUUUAGAUUUUAGGCCUUAGCUCCCACUAGAAAUUAUUUCUUCACCAGAUUUAAUGGAUAAAGCUUUAUGGCUCUUUAUGCAUCCACUCAUCUAUUCAUUCUUCGAGUCUACACUUAUUGAAUGCCUGAAAAAUCUAAGUGUCACUUUUAUUUUUAUUUGAAUCACCACCUAUGACAUAGUAAACUUGAAGAAUAAAAACUACCCUCAGAAAUAUUUUAAAAAUAAAUAGCAGAUUAUCUUCAAAAUAAUCCAUGGUAACGUAUGCAGUAAUUCAAAUUUAUCUGUCUCUCAAUAGGUUUCUUAACAAUCUAAACUUGAAACAUCAAUGUUAAUUUUGGGGACUAUUGGGAUUUGUGAUACUUGCUGCAGUUUACCAAAACAAGUAUAUGAAAAUAUCUAGUAUCAACUGAAAUGUUUCCAUUCCAUUGUUGUAAUUAACAUCAUGAAUGGACUUCCUAAACUGAUCACCCCACUGUGGGAACCAAAUUGGAUUCCUAUUUUGUUGGACUCUCUUUCCCAAUUUUAGCAAUUUACCAUCUCAUUCUCUGCCCUGUGAUUUUUUUAAAAAGCUUAUUCAAUGUUCUGCAGCAUUGUGAUUGUAUGCUGGCUACACUGCUUUUAGAAUGCUCUUUCUCAUGAAGCAAGGAAAUAAAUUUGUUUGAAAUGACAUUUUCUC